GCGCAGGCGCGGUUCAAGGAGCCGCGCGAGCCGGCGGUUGGGGCGGGGCGGGGCGGGGCGGGGCCGGGCGGACUCGGAGUGAGCCUGCGCACUGCGCGCUCUCUCCCGCGGAGCCGCAGUCUCGAGAACGCUGAGGAGGGGUUUCGGUUGUCUGUGGCAAGCCUUUCCCGGGAACCGGGCGUGGUUGGGCGCACCCCGAGCGGGGACGUCCGUCGGGCACGGGAGGGGCCACAAUGCCGAUCAAUAAAUCAGAGAAGCCAGAAAGCUGCGAUAAUGUGAAAGUGGUUGUUAGGUGUCGGCCCCUCAAUGAGAGAGAGAAAUCCAUGUGCUACAAACAAGCUGUCAGUGUGGAUGAGAUGAGGGGAACCAUCACUGUGCACAAGACUGACUCUUCCAAUGAGCCUCCAAAGACAUUUACUUUUGAUACUGUUUUUGGACCAGAGAGUAAACAACUUGAUGUUUAUAACUUAACUGCAAGACCUAUUAUUGAUUCUGUUCUUGAAGGCUACAAUGGGACUAUUUUUGCAUAUGGACAAACUGGAACAGGCAAAACUUUUACCAUGGAAGGUGUUCGAGCUGUUCCUGAACUUAGAGGAAUAAUUCCCAAUUCAUUUGCUCACAUAUUUGGUCAUAUUGCAAAAGCAGAGGGUGAUACACGAUUUUUGGUUCGAGUGUCUUAUUUGGAAAUAUAUAAUGAAGAAGUUCGUGACCUUUUGGGCAAGGAUCAGACACAAAGAUUGGAGGUUAAAGAAAGACCCGAUGUGGGAGUUUAUAUCAAAGAUUUAUCAGCUUAUGUGGUAAAUAAUGCUGAUGAUAUGGAUAGAAUUAUGACACUAGGCCACAAAAAUCGUUCUGUUGGUGCAACUAAUAUGAAUGAACAUAGUUCCCGUUCUCACGCCAUCUUUACAAUUACUAUAGAAUGCAGUGAAAAAGGUGUUGAUGGUAACAUGCAUGUCAGGAUGGGGAAGCUCCAUCUCGUAGAUCUUGCUGGUUCAGAAAGACAAGCAAAAACUGGAGCUACUGGACAGCGCCUAAAGGAAGCUACGAAAAUCAAUCUUUCUCUUUCCACCCUUGGUAAUGUAAUUUCUGCCUUGGUUGAUGGAAAAAGCACUCACGUACCUUAUCGUAACUCUAAAUUGACACGUCUUCUUCAGGAUUCCUUAGGAGGAAAUUCAAAAACCAUGAUGUGUGCAAAUAUUGGGCCAGCAGAUUACAAUUACGAUGAAACUAUUAGUACGUUACGGUAUGCCAACCGUGCUAAGAAUAUUAAAAAUAAAGCUAGAAUUAAUGAAGAUCCAAAGGAUGCUUUGCUUCGUCAGUUUCAGAAAGAAAUAGAAGAACUGAAAAAGAAGCUUGAAGAAGGAGAAGAAAUAUCAGGCUCUGAUAUCAGUGGCUCAGAGGAAGAUGAUGAUGAAGAGGGUGAGAUUGGAGAAGAUGGAGAGAAAAGGAAAAAAAGAAGGGGCAGUAGCAGCAGCAGUAGUUCAGACUCCACAUGUUCUGUCAUAGAGAAACCUCUGGAUAAGUUCUUGCCUAAUCAAGCAGGUAAAAAGAAAGUUUCUCCAGAUAAAAUGGUUGAAAUGCAAGCAAAAAUUGAUGAGGAGAGAAAAGCACUUGAAACAAAGCUUGACAUGGAAGAAGAAGAAAGAAACAAGGCCAGAGCUGAAUUAGAGAAACGGGAAAAAGAUCUACUUAAAGCCCAACAAGAACAUCAGUCUUUGUUAGAAAAAUUAUCUGCCCUGGAGAAGAAGGUAAUUGUUGGUGGUGUUGAUUUGUUGGCCAAAGCUGAGGAACAAGAGAAACUUCUUGAAGAAUCUAAUAUGGAGCUGGAAGAAAGAAGGAAAAGAGCAGAGCAACUUCGCAAAGAACUUGAGGAGAAAGAACAAGAACGCUUAGAUAUUGAAGAAAAAUAUACCAGUUUGCAAGAGGAAGCACAGGGAAAGACCAAGAAAUUAAAGAAAGUUUGGACUAUGCUUAUGGCUGCCAAGUCAGAGAUGGCUGAUCUCCAACAAGAACAUCAGAGGGAAAUCGAAGGCCUUCUGGAGAACAUUCGGCAACUUAGCCGGGAGCUUCGACUUCAGAUGCUUAUUAUUGAUAACUUUAUACCUAAGGAUUAUCAGGAAAUGAUUGAAAACUAUGUCCAUUGGAAUGAAGACAUAGGAGAAUGGCAGCUAAAAUGUGUUGCAUAUACAGGAAAUAACAUGAGGAAGCAAACCCCAGUACCGGAUAAAAAGGAGAAAGAUCCCUUCGAAGUGGACCUUUCCCACGUGUAUCUCGCUUAUACUGAGGAGAGUUUGCGUCAGUCUCUGAUGAAAUUAGAGAGGCCGCGGACCUCAAAGGGGAAAGCAAGGCCAAAGACAGGGAGAAGAUUCACGUAAAGUAUAAGGUUAAUCAAGGAGAGAGAAUCUGCAUCUACAUGUUUAUGCCACAAGUGGAAUCCAUGUGACAAGCUAUUUUACUUACUUUCUGGAGAAAGGGGAAUUUUUUUUUGCAGCAGGAAAUUUAAGGUUACUUUGGUGGAGAGGGUGGUGGUACUUUAUCUGUAACGUUUUUAAAAUUGCGAUUAUGAUUUUUGAGUGUUUUUUUGUUUUGUUUCUUUUUAAGUCUAUUUUUAAUAGACUCUUGAGGAAGGUCCCUCUCCUUCCUACAGGGCUGUGAAUUAAGGAAUGGUGGGUAGAGUUUACAUUUAAGCAUGCCAGUGUCUGCCCCAUUUCUUAAUGUAUACAUUUGUUUUCCUUUUUAAUUAUUAUUUGUUCUUAAAAUACUAGAAGAAAACAUAGAUCUUUCUAGUGCCUUUGAACUUAUACUGUAGUCUGAUUAAAUCAUUAAUAACUUUAAUAGCAUUAUUAUAAUGCUAUAUACUGGCCAGAAUUACAAAUUGUACAGUAAGUUUGUUGCAUCAAUUUCAAAAGCCACGCUUUUAUUGUAUUUUAUGUAUAAAUUGUAUUUGUUCCAGUUGUAUAUAUUGAUAUUGUAUGUAUACAUGCAGCAUGGUUAAAUAAGAAUAAAAGUGUUUUGCCUACUA